AUGCGGAUCCUCCAUUUCCUAUAUGCAGCGCUGCUGAGUGCAUGUGGCGCGCAAGCCCUGCGCUCAGACAAAGUCAAGCUCUCCAACAUCCAGAGCCUCACCUUGCGCAAGGGACUCGAUACAUCGCAUCGUCGCGUCAGUGCCAUGCCUCAGCUCUCAUGCAUAGGCGGCAAUGCCAAAGGUCUCUACGAACUCGACGUAAUGCGCUGUAAGAACUCCGGUUCUGACUACGACUCCGAAAACAUACAAUGGACCUGCACCGCCUCGCUCCCUGAUGAAUUCAAGCUCGGCUCCACGGACGUUAUCUGCGAAGGCUACGACUACCCCGAGGAUCCUUAUAUCUUGAAGGGAAGCUGUGGAGUAGAGUACAGACUCGUUCUUACGGACAAGGGCCAUGAGAGGUACGGCAAGGGCAAUGGAGGCCACUGGUGGGGCGGCGACGAGAGCAACGGCAGGGACGGUCCCAAGACGCUGGGCGAGCAAAUCGCGGCAGCGCUCUUUUGGAUGGUCUUCAUAGGCGUCGCAGGUUGGAUCCUCUUCAACAUUGUCCGACAGUGGGGUCAAGGUCCUGCGGGUGCUGGAGGCGCCGGUGGUAACCGACCCGGCUGGGGCGGCGGUGGUGGGGGAUGGGGUGGAAACGACGAUACCGACGAUCCGCCACCACCUUACGACUACCAGGAGCGGCCAGGCAAGAGCACAUACGGCACAAACCAACCGCAAGGCUGGAGACCCGGAAUGUGGUCCGGUGCGCUAGGUGGUGCUGCGGCUGGGUAUGCCGCUGGGCGCAUGGCGAACAGGGGCAAUCAGACCAAUCAGACCAAUAGCGGAUGGGGCAGUAACAGUGGCGGAUGGAACAACGGAGAAGGCAGUUCGAGGUCGUCGUCCGGAUCAGGCUCCAGCUUCUCGAACACGAGGCAUGAGAGCACUGGUUUUGGCUCGACCUCGAGAAGGUAG